UGGGCUCCCUUCAUGAUGGUUAACAUCUCCGAGGCCGAAUGUUGGCCUACUCUCAAGAUUCUGCGUUGAUUAGUCUAAUUUCUAACCUCCCUUGGAAUUUCUCGAAAUGGGGACUCUCAUGUCUUUCAGCAAUCUCAACUCUUUCCAGAUCCUCACAUUUCUCCUUCUGCUCUCUAAAGUAGCCUCACAAAAAUGCGGCUCACUCGUAACGUAUCGCCAGCAUGCUGAUCUCCUUCAGAAUGCACCCAAAUGUCUCCACGACGGUUGCACCGCUGGCCAAAAUGCAAGCACAAUCUCCUCUCCAUGCUCUCAGUCCUCCCCUUGCUACGUAUACUGGAACAUGUUCGUCGAGCAAUUUGACCAAAAGCACUCUUGGUGCAGCAACUGUGCCUCCGACCUUGCCUGUCGCAUCGAUGGUUGGCCGGUGCUGAAUGCCACCGCUGUCUGUGAUUCCACUCCCAACCAAUUGCUCUUUGGUGGAGAGAAGAGUGGAUGUUGCUUGAACGAUGACGAGCCAUUUCAACUUGCGAACUGGACGGGGAAACUCUGUAAUGGGAGUGAGUGGAGGCAGCCAUUUGAUAUCUGUGGAGGCAUGGCUUGUAAAGAUUGGCACGAAUGGAUAAUGCCUUGGAACUGGACGGUUCAAUCCUCCCUCGUCCCACCGGAUCAGCAGAAAUGUACGCCGCCGUCGAAAUAUCUCGGGGUAUACGGCAUCGAACAGUUCUUCUGGCUUUUCUGCUCUAUCUUCGUUGGCUGUAUCCGACUGUUACUUGCGCGACACGAAGAGGAAACCAACAAUACAGUCGUAAGGUAUUGGGCCAUUUCAUUCUGGCGUACCAUCCGGUUCAAACAAAAUGGUAAAAGAGUUGAGCUCGAAGGUGAACACUUGAGACCACCAUGGACAGACAAACUAGCAUGGGGAUUCCCAGUGGUAAUGGGUUUGUUCAUGGCUGGGGCAGAACUAGGCUUCAAUUUCCUCGCCGCAUGGCUGGUUCAGAGAAAAGACGGGUACAACCACAUCCCCAUGUGGAAGCUGGCACUGCUCUUCUGCUGUCGUCCCCGGCUGUCGUGGCUUUCUUGUGUGCUAGCUCUCCUAUCGAAAGAUACACUCGUUAAGAUAUUCAGGUUUAGACCUGGCGGUGAUGGUUUAUGGGCUGCGAAGCUAGUUCUUUCGUCUGUGGCUGUAACAUCCGCGGUCACGGAAGCUACCAUGCAACUUCUUGGUGCCUAUUUCCUCGGGCGAACCGCACAGAUCGGAACGGAAAGAGGCUUCUACUACAUCCACCACCUUCGGCCUAAACUUCAUGGGAGAGACGCACGACAUAUGUAUCUCGGAGCUCUCUUCUGGGUCAUGGUGUGUAUUCCUCUGUUGGCUGUAUGGUUCGUGGUUGCACUCUUCUAUACUCAAGUCUACCACAAAGUAGCAAGUUGGCGAAGAGACAUCUUCCAUUGGUUGCGACCCAAAGCAGAAAACCUCCCUAAGCCAUUGGCACGAGGAGCGGUGAUAUGGGCUCUUGAUAACAUCAACCCAGAUCCGACGGGUGCUCCACGGUCAAAGACGCAGCGUAUGCCAUCAAUUCGAGGCGGCGAUGGGCAAGUGAUGCCAGCAGACUCGGACCAACCGAUGCGUUUAUAUAAUGACUCACCGUACGAUCAACCAAUGCCCUACGGUGGCCCUGGAACAGGAGAUCUAUUUGGUGACGAUUCGCAACCUAUGCCAGUACUCCGUACUAGUCCUUUACCCCGGAGUCCGUAUUCUCCGCUCUCGCAACAAGAUCUUGACGACCAGAUUAUGCCAAUUCCUCGCGCUGCCUCGGGCUCAGGAUACGUGCAUACACCCGUGCACGGUUCAGGCAGCGUUCAACGCCGCGCACCAAGCGGAAGUGGAAAUCAAUAUAGUUCGCUUCCGCAGCACGUCAAUGAGGAUGAUGACGAUGACCAAGCAAUGGCCGUACCCUCAAGCUCCUCGCACCGCCGCCUCCACACUCCGGAAAUGUCAGAGAUCCACCGCCCGGGUAGAGCCCAGGACAGUCGCUAUACUCCACUCUCUGUCACACCGGGGACUUAUCAGUCCACGGACAACAUUGUCCCACCCUCGACUAGUGGGUCAGGAUCGGGUUCAUCCCGCCGUCGUAGAGAUUAUCCGAAAGGAGUGACCCGGACGUUCGAGGAGUGGGAACCGCUAAUUGUUUUCGCUGGGUUCUUUCUCGGCUUGCUGUCUUUUGCGAGCCAGUGGCUAUUUUGGGAUGGAUUCGUAAAGGCAGCCGGGGAUAAGUUUUGUCCGCCAAAUGUAUUGCAUUUCGGAGGUGCUUGGUGGGCGGCGAGUUUACUUUAUGUCGGAUUCCCUUUCUUCGGGUACUAAGUAUUGAUGUAUGAAAACCCCAAUAAGUAGGCAAUUUCGUGUCAUAGGCGCUCGAGAUAGUUUACGAGAGAUGUAUUGGAGUUUCUGGUUAAGUCCGUGGAGGGAGGCUCAGGAUGCGGUCAACCUUGGAAUACAGCUUGUUAAUGCGUACCAUAGAACAUCACCAGGGAAGGCAGAAUCUCGG